AUCAUGUGGUUUUGGGCCAACCACUUUCCUUCAUUUCAUAUUUGGCUCACAUCUUCUACCGCCAUUAACUUGCUUCUCUCAAAGCUUCUAUUGCCUUCUCUUUCACCUUUUGCACUGCCUGAGCUAUGGCGGUGCAUUUAUGUUCCGUUUGUUGUUUAUCAAUUCCUCCAUUCAAUCGCAGUAGAAUUUUCAGAGUUAGGGCUCUGGGGUCUGAGGGUUUUGGCACAAUGACAUCACAAGAAGACAAUGUGAAAUUAGGUGGUUCUGAACUCAAAGUCAGUAGGCUUGGAAUUGGAGCUUGGGCUUGGGGAGAUAACAGCUAUUGGAAUGACUUUGGAUGGAAUGAUGUGAUGACGAAGGCUGCUAAGGCUGCAUUUAAUGCCAGUGUUGACCGUGGCAUUACCUUCAUUGAUACUGCUGAAGUUUAUGGCUCCUCACUUGCUUUAGGUGCUAUAAAUUCAGAAACUCUUCUAGGAAGAUUUAUUAAAGAAAGAAAGGCACAGGAUCCAGGAGUUGAGGUUGAAGUUGCUACAAAAUUUGCUGCUUUGCCAUGGAGGUUUGGUCGUGAAAGUGUCAUAACCGCCCUUAAGGAUUCCCUCUCUCGCCUUGGUCUUGCAUCGGUUGACUUGUAUCAACUUCAUUGGCCUGGAGUAUGGGGAAAUGAAGGUUAUAUUGAUGGUCUUGGAGAUGCUGUUGAGCAGGGACUUGUGAAGGCGGUUGGUGUUUCAAAUUACAACGAAAAGCGACUUCGAGAAGCUUAUGAGCAGCUCAAGAAAAGAGGUAUUCCACUAGCUUCAAACCAGGUGAAUUAUAGUCUUAUAUACAGACUACCGGAAGAGAACGGUGUGAAGGCUGCCUGUGACGAACUUGGAAUCACCUUAAUUGCUUAUUCGCCUAUUGCUCAAGGCGUUCUCACGGGAAAGUACACUCCUGAAAAUCCUCCAACUGGUCCUCGAGGCCGAAUAUAUACUCCAGAGUUUUUAGCAAAGCUCCGACCUCUUCUGAACCGGAUCCGUGAAAUAGGACAGAGCUACAAUAAAACACCCACACAGGUAGCGUUGAACUGGUUAAUAGCACAAGAAAACGUUGUGCCGAUCCCGGGAGCGAAAAAUGCCGAACAAGCUAUCGAAUUUGGAGGUGCAUUGGGUUGGAGAAUCUCCAAUGAAGAGAUCAAGGAACUUCGCUCCUUGGCCUCAGAAAUCAAACCUGUUGUUGGUUUCCCUGCUGAGAAGCUCUAAAAUAAUUGAUGAAUAUAUAUAUAUCAAAGUUUGGAUUAGAAUUUAAUUUUAUUCCGCAACCUUUCACA